GAAAACGUCGAUGUCGUAUGCUGCUGUCCUAUGUCAAAAUACUUUUCCAUAACAAAAAAUGACACACACAGUGAACUUUUUUACUUUUAUUGUUAAAAAUUCCAAAACGACAUAGCUGUAAUAUUUAAAAGACAUCAUAUAACCGUAUUAAAUUUAUUCAAGCUCACAUAAUCCAACCAUUCCAUUGAUAUAGUGUUAGUUCAGUAGAAUGAAGUCAUCGCACUUCGGUUAUCUUUAAACAAACUGAACAUUUUGGUUACAGUGUUAAUAAGUGUUUCUUGAGAUAAAGUCGUCUCCCGAGAACUCUAAAAAUGAAGUUUGCUGAACAUUUAAGUGCCCACAUAACGCCAGAGUGGAGGAAACAAUACAUCAAUUAUGAGGAAAUGAAAGCUAUGCUAUACACGGCGGUGGAGGAGGCGCCGUCAGCCGAGAAUGUGGAGCCCGAGGUGCUGUCGCGACACUUCGCCAACUUCGACGAGACCUUCUUCCAUUACUGUGACCAGGAGCUUAAGAAAAUCAACACAUUCUAUUCAGAAAAGCUUGCUGAAGCCACUCGCAAGUUCGCAACUUUGCAGAGCGAGCUGAAGUCGCAGUUCGACACAAUGAAGCCUAAAGGCGGGGGGGACAGCAAAAAGGCGCCGAUUCCACGCAGAAAAGUCCAGGAGCUGAAGUUAGCCUUCAGCGAGUUCUAUCUCAGCCUUAUCCUGCUGCAGAAUUAUCAAAACCUCAAUUACACAGGCUUUAGGAAGAUUUUAAAGAAACAUGAUAAGUUAUUAAACGUAAGCAACGGUGCACAAUGGCGGGCCGAACACGUGGAGACAUCGCACUUCUACACAAACAAAGACAUAGACAGACUGAUCAGCGACACAGAAGCAACGGUCACUAAUGAGCUGGAAGGCGGGGACCGGCAGAAGGCGAUGAAGAAGUUGAGAGUCCCUCCGUUGGGGGAGCAGCAGAGUCCAUGGACGACCUUCAAAGUUGGGCUGUUUAGCGGCUCCUUCAUAGUGCUGUUCAUCACCGUGGUUUUAUCAGCAUUAUUCCACGAAGGAGCCACGGAAAACUUCAAGACAGCCUUCAGAUUAUACCGUGGCCCGUUCCUACUGGUCGAGUUCAUAUUCCUAAUAGGCAUCAACGUAUACGGAUGGCGAUCGUCAGGGGUCAACCACGUGUUGAUCUUCGAGUUAGACCCAAGAAAUCAUCUAUCAGAGCAACAUUUAAUGGAAUUGGCAGCAGUUUUCGGUGUAGUAUGGGCGCUUAGUAUACUCAGCUUCAUAUACAGUGCUAGUUUGAGUAUACCCCCAUUUGUGAAUCCGUUGGCGCUAGUGAUAAUCAUGACGGCGUUUCUACUGAAUCCGCUGAAGGUUUUCAGACACGAAGCAAGGUUUUGGUUCUUGAGGAUAUGUGGCCGUAUCCUAGCCGCGCCCUUCAUGCCGGUGCUGUUCGCGGACUUCUGGCUCGCGGACCAGUGGAACUCCUUCGCGGCCGCCUUCCUCGACUUCCACUACCUGAUCGCCUUCUACGUCGCGGGCGGCGACUGGUUCAAUGUCAACAAUGCGUUCGAGCGCGAGCAAUGGUUCAUCAUAACUCGCUCGGUGGUGAACAUAGUGCCUGCUUGGGGAAGAUUCUGGCAAUGUCUACGCCGAUACAGGGACAGUCGGGAGGCAUUCCCACAUCUUGUCAACGCGGGAAAGUACUCGACCACAUUCUUUGCAGUACUGUUUAGCACAUUGAGGACGAUUUAUGGUGGGAGAUACUCGGACCCGUACAGCAACCCGUUCCUGUACGCUUGGUUCCUGUGCCAGCUGGUGUCCUCCCUGUACACCUACACCUGGGACGUGAAGAUGGACUGGGGGCUGUUCUCUGUGGGGCCCGGGGCCGAGAACCAGUUCCUGAGGGAGGAGAUCGUCUACAGCCCAGGGUUCUACUACUUCGCGAUCGUGGAAGACUUCGUGUUGCGUUUCGUAUGGACGGCGUCGUUCGUGCUCACUGAGAACGGAUAUGUCAACCCGGAGACCAUGACCUCCAUACUGGCGCCUUUGGAAGUUUUCAGACGGUUCAUCUGGAAUUUCUUCCGCCUGGAGAACGAACAUCUAAACAACUGCGGUAAAUUCAGAGCCGUGCGAGACAUAUCUGUGGCGCCGCUGGACUCCUCCGAUCAGGCUGACAUCAUCCGCAUGAUGGAUCAUCCAGAUGGCGUUGUUAAUAGACUAACGAAGAAGAAGAACGCGAAGAAGAUGAAGGAGGACCGCAAACCGCUGCUGAAGAAGGAGUCGAUACAAGAGCUGCAGCUUGAGCUAGAGUUGUCCUCCAAGAUGCUGUGACCACUGUGAUACAUUAUAUACCUGUUAUACUGCAUUCUGCGAGUAUUAUAUUUUUUAGAAGAUU